AUGAUGGCGCGAGUCACGGACAACGGAGCUGUCUCAGAGGCAUUCGCAGUGACCAAUGGAGUGAAGCAGGGCUGCGUACUGGCGCCUACCCUCUUCAGUCUUAUGUUCUCUGCCAUGCUGAUGGACGCCUACCGCGACGAACGCCCCGGGAUCCGCAUCGCCUACAGGACGGACGGUCACCUCCUGAAUCAACGGCGUAUGCACUUCCAAUCGCGCGUAUCAACAACCACCGUUCACGAACUCCUCUUCGCCGACGACUGCGCCCUGAACACCACCUCGGAAGAGGAGACGCAACGGACCAUGGGCCUGUUCUCCGCCGCCUGCGAGAACUUCGGUCUGGUCAUUAACACGCAGAAGACAGUGGUGAUGCACCAACCUCCGCCCAACUCAGCCACAGCCCCCAACGCGCCGCCGCAAAUCAGCGUGAACGGAACCCAACUGCAAGUGGUGGAGAACUUCCCGUACCUGGGCAGUACUCUCUCCCGCAACACCAAGAUCGACGACGAAGUCGCCAACAGGAUCUCGAAAGCCAGUCAAGCCUUCGGUCGCCUUAAAAGCACAGUUUGGAAUCGCCACGGUCCUCAGCUCAGCACCAAGCUGAAGAUGUACAAGGCCGUCAUCCUGCCGACACUACUGUAUGGAGCGGAGACUUGGACGGUGUACGCAAAGCAGGCACGUCGUUUGAACCACUUCCACCUCAGUUGUCUUCGUCGCAUCCUGAGGCUGAAGUGGCAGGAUCGAAUCCCCGACACUGAUGUGCUGGAACGGACGGGAAUCCUCAGCAUCUACGCCAUACUGAGGCAAAUUCAGCUGCGCUGGAGCGGCCACCUGGUGAGCAUGGAUGACGAGCGACUACCCAAACGACUCUUCUACGGAGACGUCGCGACGGGUUCUCGACGUCAAGGAGGCCAGAUUCGCCGUUACAAGGAUACCCUGAAGUCCUCCCUGAAAUGCCUGUAAAUCAACCCGACCAACUGGGAGGAGCUCGCACUCGAUCGACCGACCUGGAGGAGGACAGUGAGGACAGGCGCUGCGAUAUACGAAGACAAUCGCAUCGCUGCCGCCAAAGCGAAACGUGAAACCCGCAAAUCACAACUUCGCCCAGUAAGCAACGCCGCCGCACAACCGCUUCCAACGUGUCCUCGAUGUCAACGGACAUUCCGGGCUCGAAUCGGACUUGUUGGACAUCUUCGGAUUAACUGCGCCUCUCGAACGGCACCAACCAUCGCCCCCCCCCGCCUGCCUCUUCCUCCUCCUCCUCUCCGCCGCCAACUAACCCUGACAAUUCUUCUGACCCACCACUUCCAUCAUCCUCCUCCUACUCCUCCUCCUCCUCCUCCUCCUCCUCCUCCUCAUCCUCCUUGCCCACUGCUCCAACGGCGGCCGCUCAGGCGACUGUCCCGCGCACAACAACCGACACUACCACCACCACCCCCGACUCCAGGGAUGAGGAUCAGGACUACACCUGCCCUCACUGCGACCGUACCUUCACCUCACACAUCGGCCUGGUCGGUCACUUGCGAAUCCAUCGCACAGAGACUGGCGAACCAGUGCCUGAAGCACCAGCCUACGCCCACCGCACUCGCCUCCACUGCCCACACUGCCCUCGCACCUUCAGGCAUCGCAUGGGCCUUUUCGGCCACAUGCGCAUCCACGAUAGCGGCCUUGACCGCACUCCCGACACACCCACCACAUCCAACACAUCCACCGUGCACACCCCCACCCUCGUUCCAUCCGUCCGCGCCACCACCACCACCACCACCGCCUACUCUGUAGCUGACACUGACACCGCCGACUUCUCAUGCCCACACUGUCCACGCACAUUCACCUCACGCAUCGGCCUGGUCGGUCACUUGCGAAUCCAUCGCACAGAGACUGGCGAACCAGUGCCUGGAGCACCCACCUAUACCCAUCAAGCUCGUCUCAACUGCCCACUCUGCCCUCGCACUUUCAGGCAUCGCAUGGGCCUAUUCGGCCACAUGCGCAUCCACGACGACCUGCGGUAG